UUGUUUUUCAUCUUCAGCCAUUGAAAUAUUUCUCCGAAUUUCCUGCGAAUUUUUGUUCAAUCCUCUCUAUUUCUGAUCAUGUCUGAAACAAAAUUCUCAUCUGAAGAAGCAAAGGGACAGCGACAGUGGUGGUCGCACAACGAGACCGCAGCAUUGAUCUCGAUAUUUGGUGAUGAACGAGUAACAUCGAGAUUGCAAGGCACAAGAAAAGACAGCAUCGUAUAUUGUGAAAUGUCUGCUCAGCUGAAGGAAAUGGGGUUUGCAAGAAGUGGUGAGCAAAUGAAAAACAAGAUUAAAAAACUUAUUGAGGCCUACCGUAAAACAAAGACAGUAUUGGCACGCUCAGGUAGUGGGAGGACCAGCACGUGCGAAUUUUUUGACGAGCUUGAUGACAUUCUGGCCGACAGAGCAUCAACCAAGCCAAAGGCCCUGCUGGAUUCUAGAAAACGAUUGAACGAAUACCAGGAAGAAGCUGAGGAUAGCGAUGAAGAAACAUCUAGCCAGAAAUCAUCACUAUCAGACGCUGAAUCGUCUGAUGUCGAAGAUGUAAGCGGCCUAAUCAGCAAGCUAGGUAUGUUGCCUCAUCCCGCUGACCGACUAAGUACCUCUUUGUCCCACCAAAGCAGCUGCUCUUCUUUUGAUCUAAACAGCACCUGGUCAUGUGAUUCUCCUUGUGAGGCAGACAGAGGUCCUUCACCACCGCCAACACGACCACCAAAGAGGAGACGAUCAUUGAAUUUGAGAGAUGUUUCACCAGACAAUGGAGGAUUUAAUUUUGAUCCAUUAACACCUGGACCGCCACGUACUGCUGAUGUUGAAAGUGAUGAUAGGACACCCAAUUCUAAGACUGCAGAUACAUCCAUUCGUAACCCGCCUGAGGUGACCCCAAAAUCGAAAGAAGCUGCUCUGCCAAAUAAAUUACCAGUUAAGGAACAGAAACGAAAGAGAAGUUCUGCAAAGGACUUUAAGGAGGGAGUUGAAAAAUUAAACCGGGAGUUCUUUCACCACCAGAAGGAGGUUGAAAAACGUUUCAUCGCAGCUGAAAAAGAACGCGAAGAGCGUUGGUAUGAAGAAAAGCGAAAACAAGAAGAAAUGCAUAAACAAGACAGACAAGACAGAGACAACAGGAGAAUGCAGCAUGAGCUAAACAUGAUGCAAAUUCUUUUGACAGGAGUGAGGCCACAGACUUCUACCAAUACCAGUAUGCAUCAAUCUCAGUUCCGGCGGCAGACCAACGAUAUGCUGCAGUGCAACAUGAACCAGAACCAUUUCUCCCACUCCCAACCAGAGUCAUACAACAACAAUGAACCAUACCCUGAAACUUUUAUGGAGCAGUUAACAACAAAGUGGUGAAAUCUGCUAACCCAUUCGUUAGUCCUUGUCUGCUGUAUAAACAUAAAAUUUUUGUUUGCUAUGAAAAUCUACAUCUUUAUGUAGUAAAUGCCUCUUCAGAAUAUGUCUGUCAGUGUUUGUAUUCUGGCCUGUGCAUAUAUUUGACAUGUAAAAACGAAAUUAUACAUUUUCCAAUCUAUCUCCGGUAGUUUCUUCUCACAGGACUGGAGUACUGAAAUAAUACAAUGAGUCAUAAUACAAAUAUAGCAAUAAUGGCAGUGUACAGUCGAUACUUCCAACAGUAAACCUUGCUUAACUCGGACGCAUAAUGUUUUUAAAAUUACGCGGUAUCUUAGAAUUAAGGUGAAUUCACAAUGUGUACUGUAGCGUUAAUAUGUUAAUAGUUAAUGCGUUAAUAGUUGUAAUACUAAAUUUUUGUUACUAUUUUAUUAUUUUAUUUAUUAAUCUCUGUGUUAAUAUGAUAAAUAUGUUCACCAAACACAAGUUUUAGUGGGAUAUAUUUGUGGUUACGGUAAGUGGUGUAUAUUGAGUUACGGUAUAUACGGUUAUAUUGAGUUACGGUAAGUGGUGUACACUGAUUGUUAGGAGUGCUAAAGGUUAACAGUUUAUCCCUGUCGUAUAAGUCAAAAAGUCUUCUUAUAUACGCCGCAAUUUACGGUACUUUUUAUGUCAUGUAUUGUCAAAAUAUGUUUAUGUAUUAUGAUAAAUAGAUGUCUCAAAGGGAUUUUUUUGCAAUAAAAGCAAUACAUUAUGGUAUUAAAACCAUUGCUAUUUAUUAUUUGUUUCUGGUGC